AAGUUCCUUGCGCGGCACGUGAUGCUCUGUCCUCCUUGGGCGCGGAGAGCAGUUGCUACAGCGUUGCUCCACUUUCUCUGAUCCGAUCCUGAACCCAGCCCCAGAGUUAGAACUGACUCCACCAUGGAAGAGGCCGAUCGAAUCCUCAUCCAUUCCUUGCGGCAGGCGGGCACGGCAGUCCCUCCAGAAGUGCAGACUCUGCGAGCUUUCACCACUGAGCUGGUCGUAGAGGCUGUGGUUCGAUGCCUUCGAGUGAUCAGUCCCACUGUGGGCUCUGGCCUCAGUCACUUGCUACCACCAGCCAUGUCUGCUCGGUUCCGCCUGGCUAUGAGCCUGGCUCAGGCCUGCAUGGACCUGGGCUAUCCCUUGGAGCUUGGCUAUCAGAACUUCCUCUAUCCCAGUGAGCCUGACCUCCGAGACCUGCUUCUCUUCUUGGCUGAGCGGCUACCCACCGAUGCCUCUGAGGAUGCAGACCAGCCUGCAGGUGACUCGGCUAUUUUCCUUCGGGCCAUUGGGAGCCAAAUCCGGGAGCAGCUGGCCCUGCCCUGGGUCCCACCUCUCCUUCGAACUCCCAAGCUGCAGCACCUCCAGGGCUCAGCCCUCCAGCAGUCACUCCGCUGCACCAGGUUGGUUCUGCCAGAACUCAGUUCCAAAGGAGAGCCACGGGAGUUCCAGGCAAGCGCCCUGCUGCUACCAGCCCCCACACAGGUGCCCCAGCUUGUGCGGAGGGCAGCCUCACUCCUCGAACAGCAUGCCGUCCAGCUCUGCCAGCAUGUGAGCAGGGAUUGCCCGGGAGAUGAAGACCGGGUGUGCUGGGCACACCGUGUCCCAUCCCAGGAGGAUUCCCGGGCUGCACAGCAGCGACUGCAUAAGCAGCUGGCUGAGCAUCUUCGUCAAAGCUGGAGCCCACUUGGAGCCUCGACGCAAGUCCGAGACCUAGGAGACAUGCUCCAGGCCUGGGGUGCUAGGAAGAAGACUAGCACCCCCAAAGGCUCCCGCUUCACCCAUUCGGAGAAGUUUACCUUCCAGCUGGAGCCCCAGGCCCAGGUCACCCAGAUACCAGAUGUGCCAGUCACCUCCCAGAAGCCUGAACAGGACACACGGGCAGCUCAAGAGCAGGAGUUAGAGUCCCUUCGGGAGCAGCUGGCAAGUGUGAACCACAGCAUUGAAGAGGUUGAAGCUGACAUGAAGACCCUGGGAAUCAACCUUAUGCAGGUGGAAACAGAGUGUCGACAGAGUGAACUCAGUGUGGCUGAGCAGGAGCAGGCCCUACGCUUGAAGAGCAGGGCGGUGGAAUUGCUGCCUGAUGGGGCUGCUAACCUCGCCAAGCUGCAGCUUGUGGUGGAGAGUAGUGCCCAGCGGGUCAUUCAUCUAGCAAGUCAGUGGGAGAAACAUCGGGUCCCGCUUCUGGCUGAGUACCGCCACCUCCGAAAACUCCAGGACUGUAGGGAGCUGGAAUCAUCUCGACGGCUGGCAGAAAUCCAGGAGCUGCACCAGAGUGUUCGAGCAGCUGCGGAAGAGGCUCGCAGGAAGGAGGAGGUCUAUAAGCAGCUGGUGUCAGAGCUGGAGACUCUGCCAAAAGAUGUGUCCCGGCUGGCCUAUACCCAGCGCAUCCUGGAGAUUGUGGGCAACAUCAGGAAGCAGAAGGAAGAGAUCACUAAGAUCUUGUCGGACACAAAGGAACUUCAAAAGGAAAUCAACUCUCUCUCUGGGAAGCUGGACCGGACAUUUGCAGUGACUGACGAACUGGUGUUCAAGGACGCCAAGAAGGAUGAUGCUGUUCGGAAAGCUUACAAAUAUCUAGCUGCCCUGCAUGAGAAUUGCAGCCAGCUCAUCCAGACCAUUGAGGACACAGGCACCAUCAUGAGGGAAAUUCGAGACCUGGAGGAGCAGAUCGAGACAGAGAUGGGCAAGAAGACUCUGAGCAACUUGGAGAAGAUCUGUGAGGAUUACCGAGCCCUUCGCCAGGAGAAUGCUAGCCUCUUGAGCCGGGUCCGGGAGGCCUAGAGCCCUAAUGGAAGUGUCCUAGCCACAGGCAGGAUUUGGGGGUGCUGGAGACAAUGCCAAAGUAGUUCUUCUAGCACUUCCUGUGUUUUGGCCCCUGCUUUCUCCUGCUGGGAUUUGAACCCCAGAUGCCUGCUUAUCUGGUCCCAUCUUUGAUCCGGGGUUAUCUAGCUUGACCACAGUUUAUUGGAUGGGUACUGGGGACCAAGGGGUCUUGGAUCCCAAAUAAAAGAGAAGCUCUUCUAUGGUC